AUGGGCAAUCUGCUUAGACGUGGCAAUCCAGCUGGAGGUAUCGGUGGGUACCCAGGUGGUGGCUAUGGUGGAUAUCCUGGUGGCGGAUAUGGAGGAUAUCCUGGUGGUGGAUAUGGCGGGUAUCCUGGUAGUGGAUAUGGUGGGUAUCCUGGUAGCGGAUAUGGUAGCGGAUAUGGUAGAGGUUUAUACACCACAACUACUACUUUCAUGCCGCGUGGACGCGGUAGUGGUGGAUGUCGGGGACGUGGUGGUGGUCGACCUCGUCGCUACUAUUAG